GUUCACUCUUAUUCCAGCGUCACGGAGCAGCAUCGCCGCCUCUGUGAUUUUUAACGCGAGUCCUCACUGGUAUGGACACCAGAGGAGAACACUGACUAUCCAGGAAACAUGCCUACAGUCCUCGGCGGCAAAGGGAAACUUUCCAUCGUCUGUUUUCAGCCCCGAUGCGCAUCUUCUCAGGUAACAAGAAGCCAACACAACAGCUGUGCCAAAGAUAUUCUAGGGGACAUGACUCAGUCCUGGCCGUCCCGGCAAGCCUUAGGGGGUAACCAGGCCCAGAGAAUCCUCUACAACCCUAAGGAUGCAAGGCAGCACACCACGCAGCAAAGGCAAUCUCGGUGUGAUGUUCAGCUGCGAAUGAACCGUCACCCUCACGUGGCGCCUCACAAAUCCAUGCUUGCUGAUGACCUGAAGCUGAGCAGUGAUGAGGACGACACUGACAGGGCCACGCAUGAGUCAGCUUCCUGGGAUGGGCACAGCCUGUCAGCACAGCGCGGACACACACAUGGCGGGCGGGUGAGACAUUCCAGCUCCGACUCCUCGGGCUCAGACUCUUCUGGUGAGUCAGAAAGCAGUAGCCGGCAUUCCCGGAGCCCGAGCCCGGAAAGUCACUCCGAUCCCGGGUCACCUGCGAACACAGAGCCCCGGUGCACCAAGGAGACAGAUCACCCCUCUACCGCCCAGUGGCAGUUGGACAAGUGGCUCAAGAAGGCCCGGAAAAAAUCUGCCAGCGGUGAACAGGAUCCCACCCAGAGCAUUCCAGGACGCUUGCCCUCUCCACAUACCCACAGAGCCCCAUCUCCAGCUAGGUCUUGGGACAACAGUCAGGAAUACAGCCCCAGCCAAAGCCCUAUUCCCAGCCCACAGUUCAAUUACAGCCACAACAGUCCUCUGCCUAGUCCUGGUUACAGCUUCUGUCCCAGCCCCAGCCCAUUCCCCAGUACUUGUCCAAGUCCCAGCCCUAGCCCGAGGCACAGUGCUGUCCCCAGCCCAGUUCUGAGUGUUUGCUUCAGCCCAUCUGGGAGCCCAGGAGCAAGCCGCAGCCCUAGUCCUAUACCCAGACACCCCCCAAAAAGCCCCAGUCCCAGUCUUCCUCCUUCCAGCCCUCGUCGCUACCGCCAAGUUCAGAGUCCUCAGCAACGGACCCAAACACAGCCCAGCCAAACAACCAGCCCCCACAGGACAAAAAUUAGGCCAUGGGUUGCUCCUGUGCCCAACGCUGAUAUCAAAAACAAGCCAAGGAAUAGCCCCUGUACUCAGCCACCUCCUCAACACAGGCCCAAGAGUAAACCCACACAGGAUCAAGACCAAAGUCAAAGCAAAUCCAAGAUCAAAGACAAAGCAUCUCCAGUUAUAAGCUCCAAUCAGCAUCACAACCACAAAUCUAGACCUAAGUCUAAUUUUCAUCCAAGCUCUAAACAGCUUGCUUCAACUCCCAAAGUCAAACACCCUUCAAAAUCUGAGCAAAUCCAAGGCAGCAGACCCAACCACAACUCCAACCACAAUCCCAGGCCUUUAUUUCAACCUAGCUCGCAAAGUAGCCCCACAAGAGCAAAGCACUUAGCUCCCACAGCCUCUACUCGUGAAACCAGCGGCAACCCUGGUCACAGUAUUCAUUCUCAGUCUACCUCUAAAACUGCUUCCAAUUCUGGUACUGUGUCUAACUCUAGAUCAAGCCCCAGCCUAAAACUUAAAGCCAGGUCUUGGGAGGCUCCAGCUGCAGCUCCUGCUCAAGCCCCUCAAACUAAAACACCACAGAAGAAACCCCAAUCUAAGGAACAGGAAACUGACCACAGAGGAGCUACUCUGACCCAGGCAGAGGAGAGAAAACGAGAGAGAAAAGAGGACAGAUAUAGGGAGAAACAGCAAGGGGACAGAUUUAGGGAGAAAAAGCAAGAGGGCAGCUUUAGUGAGAAACAGCAAGAGGACAGAUUUAGGGAGAAACAGCCAGAGGACAGAUUUAGGGAGAAACAGCCAGAGGACAGAUAUAGGGAGAAACAGCGGGAGAAACCGGAGAGAAAAGAAGACAAGAGACUGGCGGAGGAGCAGCUACUGAGACGUCCCUGGAUCCAGAGUUCAGACGAAGAGGAGGAGGAGGAAGCAAUAGAGAAGCAGAGGAGGAGAGAGGAGGCUGAAAGAGAGGCGAAGAGGAGGAGGAGGAGGGAGCAGCAGCAGAGAGGCGAAUGGCAGGCAGUCCAGCCCAAACAGAGACCUCAUACCAACACCGAGCGGCACUACCUACAGGGAGACUCACACCACCAGGGGAGGACAGAAGUGAGGGGUAGAGUGAGAGGCAGAAGCGAGGAGGAGAGAGAAUCACAGCCAGACCCUUCACCUCAGCGUUCACACUCCCCGACUCCUUGUAUUAUAUCCUCCUCCUCCUCUUCCUCUUCCUCUUCUUCUUCAGGUUCAGACUCUGAAUCUGAAUAUCAGGAUAACAUCACCAAAGUUCCAGCGGACUCCACAUCCCACAAGAAACUCACUCCCAAGAGAGGGCAGCAGGACCCGGGAAGACCCAAAGACAACAGGCCAAAGGUGGUUUAUCCCAGAGUACCUGCCUCAGAGAAUCCGUGCAAAGGACAGCAGAGUGAGGGAAAGCAGAAACUCUACACCUUGGUCCCAUUUGGGCGUAGUGAACAGGCCACAGCCCCUUCCCAACGAGGGCUUAAAAACCUGGUGGUGCAGAUAGACCUCUGUCUUCUCAAAAGGGUCCCAGACACCACUACUGGUGCCAUUCAUAAACACACCUCAUCAUCUUCAUCUUCCUCUUCAUCAGCCAAGACCAAUCAGAGAGAGGCCAUGAAACACUUGAGUACCCCCGAGACGGUGAAUAGAGAUAGCAAAAGGAAACGUAAGUCAGAGAAUGGUGUGUCACAUAGAGAAAGCAAGAGGAGCAUCUCUUAUUCAAACGACCCUUCUGGCCAGACAGAGUCCUCACCUCAGAAGCCUCCACGCCACCUUGCAACUGAGACUGUUCCCAAUGGAUACUUGGAGGAAUACUUAGACGGUAAGAGACCACUGUCUCCCCUGUCACCACUGUCUGACAAUCCCGAGCCUACCAAGCCCUCCUUAAAAACACAACAUUUAGAGCAGCAUCACUCCCACACCCACAAGGAAAGAGACAAGAGCAGUGACUCUGCUCUAAAGCCAAAGAUGGAGUUGGAGUAUGUAGGAGUGCCGGCACAGCCUCAGAUGGUGUCUGAGUCCUGGGCCCCACCUAUGAGACAGCCAGGAGGACACAAGACCAUACCUAGCCAAGAAACCCCACACCACGCUGAGUACUACAUGCAUGAGGCCAAGAGGAUGAAGCACCGGGCAGAUGCCAUGGUGGACAAGCUGGGGAAGGCUGUGAAUUAUGUUGAUGCUGCUCUCUCAUUCAUGGAGUGCGGGAAAGCCAUGGAGGAGGGGCCGCUUGAGGCCAAGUCUCCUUAUACCAUGUACUCAGAGACAGUGGAGCUUAUUAGGUACGCUAUGAGGCUGAAAAGCCACUCUGGCCCUGGGGCAAGACAGGAAGACAAACAGCUGGGCGUACUGUGUUUCCGAUGCCUUGCCCUCCUUUACUGGCAGAUGUUUCGUUUGAAGAAGGACCAUGCACUGAAGUACUCUAAAGCUUUGCUGGACUAUUUUAAGAGUUCGCCCAAAGUGCCUAAUACACCCGCCUUGUGGAACGACUCUGGGAAGGGUACAGGGGGACCCCCUUCUUCAUUCUUACCAGACAGCAAAUCCCUCAGCCUGGGUUCACACGGGGGCAGCGCCUCCCCUUCUCUCAUCAGCAUUCCCCAGCGUAUCCACCAGAUGGCAGCAAAUCACCUAAAUAUCACCAACAGUAUCCUGUACAGCUAUGAGUACUGGGAAAUUGCAGAUAACCUUGCCAAGGAGAGUAAAGAAUUCUUCAACUACUUGAAUACGGUAUCUGGACCAUUGACACUCCACAGCAGUAUUGCUCAUGCGGUCCAGUACACCAGACAGGCUCUUCAGUGGAUACGCAUCAGUGCCAAACUCAACUAGUCAAUUGGAGGAACUCACCCAAACCUGCCUGCUGGAUCCUCUACUCUCACUAAGAGGAGAAAAAGCCCUGGAACAUCUCUAUGUAGCUGAUAACGUUAUGCUUAAACCCACUGUGCUGUGAAUUACAGAUGGAUGGACUCCUGUGGAGCCUGUCAUCAGUCUUACCCCUGGUGGACUCUAAUAGGAUACUGAGGUGAUCACCAUCCAGGCCUUACUUUGCGUGCAACUGUUCUGAACUAUGGCCUCGUUAUUCUCAGCCCUGACUGGACACUAGUGAAAAGUGUGAUUAUUUCACCAAAAUGGAAAAAACAGUCUGAAUUCCUUCCCAGAAUAGUCACAUCUUCCUCAACGUUGGAUUUAUCUGCAGAGUUGUGUGCACUGUGGAUGUGAUGUCUCUCUAACCCUUUGCCAAAUGUUCCAUAGUGACUCAAACACUGGACUCCCAUGGCAUGUACAAGUGCAUCUGUGAAGACUUUUUUUUUUGUUUUGUUUUAAUAUUUUGGAGAUAAUUAAUCAUUAUCUAUUCUAAUGGACAAGUUCCCUGGGACCAAUUCAUAAAAAAAGACAAAUAAAACUCAGCAGUGGAAUGAGGAAUUUUUCAUAUUGUGAGUGUAUACCACUGUCUCCAAAGUAGCAUCUUCAAAAUCAGCCUCUGUUGCUUAUGAGGCUCCUUUUUUUUAAUGACUUGGACUUUUUGAACUUCUGUGACAUUUUCACUUUUGUGUGUCUUUUUACUGUGCAAUAUUUGAUGGAUUUCGUGUUUUUGGAGGGAAAGAAAAACUAGAGCAUUAUGUGUUGGGUAAGUCCUGUAGCCAACAUUCAGAGUGCUGUCUAUGCAAAAUGUAUUUUUGUUCCUGUUUUGAGUGUCAGAUUAUGUGCUUAUUUGUAUGUAUGUAUGUACAAUGGAAUGAGGAAGUCACUGGGAAUCCCUCCGGUAAAUUUUUUCUCCAUCUAAUUUGAUUUUGUAAAUUAAUUGGUGGUGCAGCUCUCUGUCGUGCUGACAAAGCCUAGGUUGUGGGAUGUAGACUGGCAUAUUUUAUAUACACACAUCCAUGAAAAAUGCUAUGCCUUCUUCCAUGAAUGUGUAGUAGUUUUCAACAUGAGUGAUACGGGUUUCAUAAAUAUUCUUUAUUAUUCAAAUUUUGCAUAAUGAUUUAAUAAGAUAAAGCACAGAUAACGAGCUGAGGCCCCAGACACACAAGUCUUGGAGGUCAUCUCCUCUGCAGUUGUGACCCAGCUUGUUAAUCUGCAUCACAGUGG